CGCUUCAAUAUUACGUCAUAUUCCUGCGACCUCCGGUUGUCUGUUUCCAAUAUGGCCGCGUCCAGGUUAGAAAUCAAUUUUAUCAGGUUGUUAUCGCGUUGUGAAGCUAUUGCUUCCGAAAAAAGAGGAGAGACGGAAUGGAGGCUGGAGAAGUACGUGGGUGCCUUGGAGGACAUGCUGGUGGCAUUGAGAAAGAGUCCAGGCAAACCCACUGCUGAGAUCCUGACAGACUACACACGUAAAGUCGACUUCCUCAAAGGUCUUAUAGAGGCUGAGAAGCUGCCGUCACCUUCGGAGAAAGCUUUAGCCAAUCAGCUCCUGGCGCCGGGUCGCACACCCACCAUCUCCAGCGAGAGGAUGUCGGCCACCAAGACAGUGCACAUGCAGAGUAAAGCACGGUGCACAGGGGAGAUGCGCUCCGAGCUCUUCAGCUCUGCUGCCUCAAGUGCAGGUGCUGAGACAGAGCUGAGACAUAGGAGCCGCAGUGUCCCAGUGGACGAGUGUGAGAGCGCGGCCGAGCUGGACGCUGUACUGCAGCACCACCACAGUCUGCAGGAGAAGCUGGCUGAGGACAUGCUGAACCUCGCACGCAACCUGAAGAACAACACACUCGCUGCACAGAACAUCAUCAAACAGGACAACCAGACUCUGAGUCAGUCCAUGCGGCAGGCAGAUCUGAACUUCGAGAAGCUGAAGACUGAAUCGGAGCGACUGGAGCAACAUGCAAAGAAAUCCGUCAACUGGUUCCUCUGGCUGAUGCUCAUAUUAGUCUCAUUCACCUUCAUCAGUAUGAUCCUGUUCAUCCGCCUCUUUCCCAGACUCAGGUGAUGUGACCUGACUCAAAUGGCGGCUUUAACACACACACACACACACACACACACACACACACACACACACACACACACGGACCUGUGUUUUGAUUAUGCAAACCCCACUGAAGGCCUGGACGUGACUCGAAAAGAUCCUGUGCAGCUUGUACCAGUGAACAUGGCCACUGUUCCUGCAUUAACACUAAUCCCAGUUCUUUAUAUUUAUCUGCUUCAUUAACUCCUGUAUAAUAUUAAAACAUCCUCAUAAUCAUCCUGUUAUCUGCAGUCUUCCAGUGUCACACUUCGUCUGCAGUCUAGAACCUGCUGAGUGCUCCACAUGAACCCUGACGUUCUCUCGAAUAAAGAUUUUAGUGUUUUUUUUGCUGAUUGUAGAAUUCUGGGCAUGUCUUUGUUGGGACAGAUGGACAUGGACAUGUCUUUCAGCAAUCAGCAGACAGACCUCACUGACUCCACGUACUGUUAGCGCUGUGGUACGCCACCUAUACCAAGUUUUGGUUCUAUUUCCCUAAAUAUAAAUAAGCUAGUCAGUUUAUAUAAACCACUGCAACUCCGGCCAUGGUAAAGCACUUCCUCAAGAUACAUGAAUGUGGUAAAAAAUGUGUCAAAUAUUAUCACACAAGCAUCCAGGAGGCUCUCAUGUAAGUGAAAGUGACUUUCUUUGCUUCGUAUCUGAUUGUAUAUUCACCCUACGUUCACAGUAGCAAGCAGCAAGGCACAUGCAAUCGUUCAUUUUGUAUGUAUGUACGCAACACAGAGUCGAGAUUUCAACAACAAGCAACAUCUGAAUCGAUUCACUCAAUUCUAUUCAAAUUAGCACCGAUGCUGUGAAGUGACAAAUCAAAACAAUUACCUUGAAGGAUUCCUCAGACCAGUUCUACGACAUGUGUGCGCUGACGUUUCUUCAGUUCCCUGAUCGCAAUUUUAGUUCCUACCUGUAGUGUGUUCUCACAAAAAAUAUAAGAAAAACUUAUAACCACAGUUUCAUCUAAUCCUGUCAUAUACGACGUCUCGUUAAAUGCGUAUAGAGACAUUACAAAGAAAAAUAAAGCUUGGAAGGAAGUGGCAGAGAUCGCUGGAGCGUCUGGUGAGCGUAUAGAGCUAGUGCAGUUUUGCUAAUCUGUUUUACUCUCUUGUAGUUUUGCUUGCUUUGCCAAUCUAAUCUGAGGAUUAAUCUAGUACAAAGCCGAGCACAUAACAUGUAAAUCAAAAACAACUGAUUAGUGUGUUAUUUAAUUUGUGUUAAACUAGUUAGCUUUAGAAGGUAUAUGUAGCUACUACCAUUCCUCAUCUCAUCUCGGGACAGGCCUCAGCUACAAAGAACAAAAAGCAAAACCACCAAAUUGUUGCGUGCUAGUGUGAACAGCCGCCUAUAUUCUAACAUAUCAGUUAAAAAAAAAAAGAGCAUGCUAUGGCUGACGUUUAAAGAUUUUUUUGUGGUUUUUUUUGUGUUUUUAAAUCCAUCAAAAUGUUUUCCAAUUCAGCCGAAGUUUAUGUGAAUGUGUGUAUUGUCCUCAUGGAUGAUCUGCUCUGUGUUUUAUGUUUUAAAAUUUUGUGAUAUUGUCUUAUUAUUGUGGCCUCAGUGAGGUUUGAACUGACUUGCUGAAAAAGCACUGUGUCCUAAUCUAAAGGUCCACUCUUGCCUUUGAGGUCCAGCAGGCUUGUUGGGACUCGCCUGAGCCAGAGAGCUGCAUUCUGAGUCACAGCGGGAAGCUCUUCUGAUCCUCUUUCAUACACAUGACUCGGUGAAGCCCAACAAACCUUCUGUACUCUAACAGAAACAUGCCUGAUUUGUGCAUUCUGUUAAGUAAAGGAAAAAUCAAAUCUCCAUUGAACCUGAAGCUGUGUACAUCCACUCUCAGGAAUACACACCAAGGUCAGGAGCAGAGUCUUAGCAUCAUUUGUUCAAAUUUAACUAUCCUCGUAUCCAUAGUCUCCUAUCCUUUUUUUCUCUCCAAAUUCCAGAGAUUGAAAUACAAAUUAGAAAAAAUUAAUAUGAACAUGCAUUUGCAGUUGGAUUUCCCUCAUGCAUAAGGGAAACAUUGAAAUACGUGAAACAUUCAAAUUCGGUUAAAGAAAAAAAAAAAGAAAGAAAAAAAAAAAGAUGUUUCUUUCCAAGUCCCGCCCACAGCAUUUGAUUGACAGUGCUACCUUGUUGACAGGAAACGCAAAUGAGAUUGUGUAAAGAUGAGAGACUGCAAUAUUCAAAGAAACGAUUGCAAUUACAUUUUCAGUACUGCAAAAUCACACCUGUUAAGACGUUGAGAAUAAAAUGUGUGAAAUGCAAAUAUUUUGUACCUGAACUUGAAUUAUAUCUCAAAUUGUGCACUAAAGGAAAUCCAGAUGCAAAUACAUGUUUAAAUGAGCUUUUUAUUAGAAGAGCUGGAGUUUGAAUAAAGUCCAGAAAAUGUUGCCAUAUUCAAUAUCUGUGUAUGUAAAACAGCUUAAAAAGGUUUAUUUUAAUUGAAUGAAUGAAUAAAUAAUAAGAGUGAA